AUGACCACCCGGCACCCUCCACGAAUGACUACGAGCCACUAUGAAGAAGAUGGAUCUGGAUUGCGCUUUCCCACCACAGACCUAGACUACGAAGAACCCGUUGCUCGCCUCGCUGCUAGGCGCGAACGACGGCCCGGCACUAUUGCUUUCAACUCCCCCGCUGCUUCCGUCAUCGACAACCUCGUCGAAGGCAACAAUCGCCCCAUUCCUGAUGCCGAUGCUUACUUCGUCCCUCCCGCUUUUGCUACGGAUUUCGGUCCCAAGACUCUGACUGAAUACCUGCGAGCUGAGGUCGACAAGUUGAAGCGUGAACGCGAGGCUACGUUGGGAAAAGGGAAGGGCAAACAAAAGGAGACAGCGGUACCAGCGGCAUGUGGGCUGCUCGAUACUGGCAAGAAUCAAUCACCUACACAUGUACUCCAUUCAACACCUAUUGCUCCAACGUUGUCUGAUCGAGUCAAUAACCGCCAACUUUCCGUGAGUGUGGGAACUCGACGAUCGGAGCGCCUAGCACGCAGGGACUCCUCCAGUCAAGAUGCGACUCAGAGUGUAAGUGGCUCUGAAAAGCCACAACUGCCUCAGCCAUCACUACCAACACCACCUCUGCCAGGCCCGUCUGAACAACCUUCUGUCCAACGAAACUGUCGCAUCUCGCUGCCAGGCACGACUAGUCCCUCUAGGACAACCACAUUUGAGGAGCACACCAAGAACAAGAGAAUGGCCGUUAGGAACAUUGCUCAAGAGGAUUUAACUAGCCCGUUGCGCGCAAAGUUGCGUCAGAAGAGACAUUCGAAGGGUCUCUCGCUUUCUGGUCCGUCAUCUGCUGUGCCAUCAGACAUUCAUUGUGCGGGUAAUCCACAGCAUGACCAAACUCAAGGGUCUCAUCCUAUUCCUUCAUCUGAGAAUAAUCCUACUGGCUCAGUACCUUGGCUUUCAUCUAUGCCUGGGCAGCUGGCAACCGGUAACACGAUUCCUCAGACGCCACUUAACACCCUCGCUCCUGGCGUCCAGAACCAUCAAUUGUCAACACAAGAAUCUCCCACCAGCGAGGACGUCACACGUAUUGGGUCUAAAGACCAGUGUCCAUCAACUAUUCCUUUCGACUAUGCCAGCAUCAUCCCUGAACUUAUCCCUCAAAGCGAGAAGAAGGAGUUUAUCGAGCAGGCAACGCGUGCAAAACGAAACCACUCAGCUGAUCCCGACAGACGACGCCUGGGUCUCUACAGACCCAGGGAUAUAAACUCGUUGCUCGAGAUCGCGGAAGAAGGGGUUCCUCCCAGGCUCGAGACUCCGAGGGCGAGAUUCUUCCCUGAUGACGUGCCAGGCGCUGAGGUUAGCGAUCCAAAAUGGAAGAAUGUUUCUCCCCCAACCCCGCGGAAACAACACCCGCGUCUCUGGAAACCGUUAAAUGCUCCUGGCAUGCGUCUAUCUAGCACAAGAUCAACUAGGAUCCGUUCGUCGAAAGCUGUCAAAGCUCUUGGAUCUGUAUCAAGUGCUAUACAACUGUUUGAUGUCGAUCUAUGGACGGAAAUUUGCAGGUUCCUUUCUACCCAAGACGUGAAAAAUCUCCGCCUGGUCAGCAAGAAUCUCGCAGAAAUCGUGGCUCCUAUCCAAUUGAGGAAUGUUGUAGUCAACUUCAACAGGAACUUCUUCGACAUGACCGGGGGUGAUUGGGAUAGCAAGUCCGGAUGGCUUCCCCCCAACUCGAUGUUCAAGAAGUACGGGGCUGACAUCAACCAAUUUGGCGUUUCCUUCGAGUACGACCUGCAAGGUUUGUUGCAUGCCAAGUCGAAAACCAUCGAGAAGGAGCAAGUCGCGUGGUUUGGAAAAUUUACGUGGCCUACAGAACAAUACCCCCGCUUUCCAGAACUGCAGGCAAUCGAAGAUCUCGUUGACGAUAAUCGGCCGUUACUGAGAGAGGCACUGGGAUAUAUCACUAGAGCCUCGGAGCUUGGAUUGUGCGUCGACAGCGGUCACGGCUGGCUUGAGGGGCCUGACAUUUCUGACAUGGCCCUUUUCAACCGACGAACCACCAAGGGGAGCAAAAUCUUUGGUAAGACGUUCAAGAACGAAAAUGUUUGGACCACCUUUGCCCGCAACGAAUAUUUCAGAUGGGCCCAACAGAAUACCAUCAACGAAACCAUCAAAACCUUGAUGGCGAAGCAGCCGCCAUCAGGCCCUGCUCUUAAAGAGGUUCGCUUCUUGGAUGGUCUCAAAAUCCGCGAUAUCGAAAGCUUCAGACAUCAGGACAAGCAAUUUGAUUACGAUCCAGAAUGUCAUGUUGGAGUUGGUCCGGUUUUCGGGGUGGAAGCUGGCUUGGAUCAGAAUGGCGCGCCCCCAAAUGCGAUCAACGCACUUGAUCCUGCAAUCCACCGCCAACUAUUAGCUCACUCCCGAAACGGAGGAAGGAGAUUACCUCAGUGGCCUAUCAUUUUCAGCGGCUACAAUCUUGCUGCUGAACAUGGAGGUCACUCUUCGGUCAUCCAAAACAAAACCGCCCAUCCUGCCGUAUCGCCACUCUUGCCCGGCUUGCUCACAGAAGCGCAAGCUCAAUGGUUGAUGGAAACUGCAUGGGCGCAGCGUGUCUUCCUGUCCGCUUACACGACAGCCAUCAUUACACACAAGCAGAACUUUAAAUCAAUCCAUACUCUUCGCAUCAGCAAAUUGUCCUCCGGGCUUCUACCAUCCUUAGAACAGUGGGAGUUCUGGAAGACCUUGUCCGGGCUGAAGACGUUGGAGAUCUUCAUAAGCCCCGAUUGGCGUGAGGAACAUGUAAUGGGCGAUCGGGAAUUUGUCAAGAAUAUGCUCAUCUGUCCCUCAGAUGCCGCCAAGACGUUCACCACGUUCUUGAGGAGAUACAUUACCAAGCUAGAGAGUCUGCACAGCCUAACCCUUGGUUAUACUGGGGGUGGAGAGCAUGCUGUUGGCAUGUUCGCACGGAACAAGCAUGUCUUGCCCGCGCCAAUUGUCGAGUUUCCUGGUGAUUGGCUGUUUGACAUGACCGAUGUCCCUGGUUCUCCACUUGUCACAAAGUUCGACCACGUCCGAGAGCUCAGAUUCGUAAACUGUUGGUUCACGCCCUGGAUGCUGCAAGAUUUCAUGAAAAGUAGUAGAGACACAAGCCUUCAUUCCUUAACGCUCGACUCUGUCAGCAUGACCACAUAUCACGAUGCCGAUAUCACGAGACCCAUAACGAAUUUACUGAGCAAUAUUCGCUGUCUUCACUCCCGAGAAGAAUGGAUUCGGGAGAAUUUGCCCAGUGGAGCUGCUUGGGCUCGAGUACUGGAUGCUAUUACGCCGGGGAAAACACUUCUUGGACACAAGUACGACGCAGGACUCAUUGACAGAGAAUUGCAGCCGAUGCCCAAAUCAACGUUCCGCGGGCAUGUUCAGCAGAUCAUUCUCAACAGCUGUGGCUACGUCAAGAUCUCGAUAUUGGGUCCGUCGUCAGAUUUUAACCAAAACUCGGCGGCCAUUCAUUUCGAACCUGUGACUGAGACUGCCCUUGAUGUUCGCAAGGAGCGAUUUGCUAAAGCGUCAUCUCUUGAAAGUGGACAGGGGGCGGCCGCAGUUGACACGCAGAAUGUCGCAACCCAUACCUCUGAGAAGGUCGACGCCACGAACAUCAUGAUGUCAGAUGCUCAUUAUCCGUGGUUAGGGACAUUGACUCAGUGCAUUCAUCCGAUCGAAAAGCGGGUCCUCGAGGAGGCGUGGGGGAUGAGAUUCGGCUGGCCUAAUAAUAUUGAGCGAUGGGCUGCGGUCGAGGAUGGAGAGUUUGAAGGUGGUACGGGACGGUUUACUGGUGUGAUUAAGAAAACUGAACAAACUAUAGAAGAGUGUUGA